ACCCUAUUACACCCCAACCACUUGCAACAUGUCUCUAAGACAAAGAACUUCCUCAAUCCCCAAUCCCCUAACACCUGAAAACGACGUCGUUCCACAGACUCCGCCCCCGCGCCCCCCUCCCCGCGACGCGCUCUCCCAAGCCCUCCAAGGCUCCGCAAACCUCGCCAACCUCCUCCCCACCGGAACCCUCCUCGCCUUCCAAGUCCUCACCCCGAUCUUCACCAACAACGGGUCAUGCGACGCGGCCACGCGCCCCAUGACCCUCUUCCUCCUCACCCUCCUCGCCGCCUCCUGCUUCCUCGCCUCCUUCACCGACAGCCUGAGGUGCGCCAACGGCGACGUCCACUACGGCUUCGCGACGACGAAAGGGCUGUGGCUGUUCGACAAUCCCGACGCGGCGGCGCUGCCUGACCUCAGCGGAUACCGGCUGAAUGCGAUGGACGUGGUGCAUGCGGUUCUGUCGGUGGCGGUGUUCGCGGCGGUGGCGAUGAGGGAUAAGAAUGCGGUGGGGUGUUUCUAUCCGGAGGCGGCGCGUGAGGUGCAGGAGGUGGUGGAUAUUGCUCCGGUUGGGAUUGGAUUGAUUGCUAGUUUGUUGUUUGUGGUUUUUCCUUCUAGGAGGAAUGGGAUUGGUUAUCCUGUUACUAGGGAUAGAUGA